GCUUUCAUGACACUACAACUACCGCGAGAAUAGGCGCCUUCACAGUCGCGAACUAUCGCGAGACUAUGAUCCAGUCCUUCAACUGAAUCCAGCUGGUAGCCUGCCUUCGGUUGACGGUCGGUGAAAGCUGCUAGUCGCCAUGGGAAACAUCUUUGGGAACCUGCUGAAGAGCCUAAUUGGCAAGAAGGAAAUGAGGAUUCUCAUGGUGGGGCUGGAUGCUGCUGGGAAAACCACCAUCCUCUACAAACUGAAGCUGGGGGAGAUCGUCACCACCAUACCCACCAUUGGCUUCAACGUGGAGACAGUGGAGUACAAAAACAUCAGCUUCACCGUGUGGGAUGUCGGUGGCCAGGACAAGAUCCGUCCCCUGUGGAGACACUACUUCCAGAACACGCAGGGUUUGAUUUUUGUGGUGGACAGUAACGACCGUGAGCGGGUAAACGAAGCGCGGGAGGAGCUGAUGAGGAUGCUCGCUGAGGAUGAGCUACGGGAUGCUGUUCUCCUCGUCUUUGCCAACAAACAGGACCUGCCCAAUGCUAUGAACGCCGCCGAGAUCACAGACAAGCUGGGCCUGCACUCCUUACGCCACCGCAACUGGUACAUCCAGGCCACGUGCGCCACCAGCGGGGACGGCCUCUACGAGGGCCUGGACUGGCUGGCCAAUCAGCUGAAGAACAAAAAGUGAGGAGUGCAGUGAGUCGAGCGGGGAAGAGCCUGGGUGCCAGCUCCAGGUAGUGGUUGUAAUGGAUCCAUUGUGUUUACAUGGAGAGGCAGUGCUGAAAAGCUCCCAGGGGUGACUCUCAAUGGCCUUUUCCCCCAAAUACGUCUAUGUUCUUGCUUUACUUUAAUUAAUUUAUUUCUUUCAAUCUGUAGUGAGUGUUCUUGAUUCUCUACAAACCAAUGGUGUUACAGUAAAGUUGACCUAAACGACUUACAUUCUAUAAGAUGAAUACAGACAUAUAAGGAUGAAAUAGUAUAAUAUAUUCUUUGCAGCAUAUAUGACCCUCAAUCUCCCUCAAUUUAAUCUGUUGAGUGAUGAGUGAUGAGUUCAGACACAUGGUGGUAGAAUGACCUGACACUACAUUUAGUAUAGUGGGAGUACUAUUACUAUAUCAGAUCAUUGUGUAACAAUAUUAGAUAGGCUCAUAUUUAAACAGUGUUGUCAUUUCCUGGCCAUGCACCAAGUUAUGGACUUAUGAAAUAACAUAUACAUUUUGUUUAAAUGUAUUCAAAAUUUGUUUUUUACCUGCUGACAUUAAUGAGUCUUAAAUCAUUUGCAGUUUUAUUAAUUGAGUUAUUUAUUUAUACAUUUCUUGUUUGUUUUUUUUUAUUCUAGAUGCAUAUUUUUCUCCCUUUUCUUGCAAUAUGCUAAGGCAGCUGGUAGAAAAAGAAAUCGCAGUAUUACUGUAUAUUACCGCUUCCCAAUCUGCAUGGAGACGUCCCACUUGCUCGUGGGCUUAUAAGAGCUGUGUACUACUGCAGGCCGUUGCUGUAAAUAAAGAUGUGUUCUUAGUGGACUCGCCCGGACCGGUAAGAGUUUAGACAGCAGCUCUGUGACACCGUGUGGAGGGAAAUGCUGCUAUGGAGAGCAUGUGACUGGCAAUAUUCGAGGGCUUUACAUGGCUGUGAAUGUUUACUUUUCAAGUCCGUUUGUACAAGCAGCUGCAUGGUCGAAGGACCUCCCAUCGCUGGUCAUUCUGAUUUAGUCAUUCCUAAGUGACGUGACAUCACACCGUACGUGUCUCUUGUGUUUACCGUUGCACAAAAUAACUCUUGAUGCAUUAUUGUUGUACAAACUGUAAUGGCUGUUUUUUUUCUUGUACUUUUGGAUGGAGUUUUAUUUAUUUCGUAUCCAAAGGCGAGUUUUGGUUUUUAUUGUCGUUCGCUAACUAAAUCCGUCUUUUCCAGUGUUCACAAACCCCAUAAUUUGAAUAUUAUAGGAGAGAAGAUGGUACUUCUGCAUCAAAAGGCAUGUUAAUACUGUACAAGACCUGUAAUAAAAGUCAAGUAUAAUAGCCUGUUUCCUUAGACUAUAUUAGUUAGUCUAACUUCAUGCUGCUGGUUGGAGCAACGCUGUACUGAUAAAUGUUAUGGAUUUUGUGUAAAGUUUACCGAACAACCUUCUAAUAUGCAAAAGCAUGUUUUUCUAUGUCAGCGCAACUGUAUAUAUGUUUAUGUAUUAAGAAAAGUAUAUCAACAUGAACGUGUUAUUGACGCACCUGUAGAUACUGGGACGGGUGCGUAGAACUGACAGCGGCUUGUAUGUGCGACGUGCCCCCUGUUACACUCAGUUUGAUGUGAGCAUUGUUUUUUUUUUGUGGCCUUAUAAUUCGCCAGUGAUUCCUUUCUCUUGGGUAACAGGUGUGUACGUGGGAAGUGUCUCACUCGUGACCCGUAACACUGAUGCGUUUGCAGUACUUUGUGGCUACAUGUCCGUCUUUUUACGACAGUUGGCGGAGUUGAAGAAGAGAAGCAGGACCACACGACAUUCCAGCUGAGAGUGGUUUUCAGAAUGCUGAAAUGAAUUUGUUUAACCUCGAGGAAUAUUGUCAAAAGGAAAUAAAAGCAACACAAACAGAUGUUAUGUGUUAAAAGUGAUGAUUCUUGGCACUGCAUCAAUACAAUCAAUAAAAAGUCCAAAACACUAAA